GAAGCCACCACGCGCGUGGCUUGCGUGGUCACCGGCAGGUGGGAGAUUUUGGGGGGCUAUUUCGCGGCCGGCAAGGGCCGGGCAUCGUUUAGUCUAGCAUGAGACUGUGGAGGGUGAGCAUCCGAGUUUUCACACGCUAAAGGUGCUGAAGGGGACCACGCACACCGGGGAUAACAUCAACCCAGGCAGCGGAACAGCGUCAACAGCAUGUUCAAGACCAGCUACCUGCGCGAAGUGCGCAAGGAAAAGUAUGAGCGCUCCGACGUUUUUGAGGAGCCCUCUAGUUCGGAUGCAUCAGCCGGUGCCUCUGCUAUCCAGGGAUGGGAGAGCCUCCAGGAGCUCAACAGCCGUUUUGCCCGUUACAUAAACCGGGCGCGGGUACUGGAGCAGCGUAACGCCGUGUUCCGUAAGCAGCUGGAAACGCUACAGCGCAUGGAAGAGGCCAGCGGCCUGGAAGAGGCCUUUACUGAGCAGAUCAAUCUCAACCGCCAGCGUAUCCGCGAGCUCUCAGCAGACCAUGCAAAACUCAACCGCGAGCUGAAAGAUGCUUGCCGUAUGCUGGAUGAGUAUACCAACAAAUAUAGAAAUGAAUGUGAAUAUCAGGAGCAACUUCGAGGCACAUUGGAACAACUCAACAAGGAAGCAGACUCUGCUCUUCUGGGCAAUCUGGAGUAUCAGAUUCAGUCCCAGUUUCUUCAGGAUGACAUCAACUCUACCAAAGACAGACACAAGAAGGUCAGUGAUGUAAUAGUCAGCAAACUUUAG